AUGAGUAAAGAUCUCUAUCAAAAGUUACAAAAGAGUUUAAAUGAUAAAGACAUACCAGAAUUUCCAUCAAAUGUACCUAAAGAAGUACUAAAUACUAUAGAUGACGAACUAAAUGACAGCUUUAGAAAUUUCAAUAAUCUUUCUAUGAAUGAAAUAGCUAGAAAUAGAGAAUUGUUACCUUUUAUUACAGAUAGUUAUUUAAUAGGUGAGAAGAUAGAUUUAAAUGAAAUAGAAAAGAUGUUGAAAUGUUAUAAACCUGUUGAAUUGAAAGAAGAACCUUCAGUAAUUAAGAAAAUGGUUUCAACUGGAUUUUCAACAGCUUCGGGUAAAAAUACUGAAACGGUAAAAGAGAACCAAAAAGAAGAUAAAGAGUCAAAUGUUGAAGAUUAUAUUUUAGAGAGGAUCAGAAAAGAAAUUUUAGAAACCGACCUUCAUUUAUCAUGGGAUGUGGUUGUUGGAUUAGAACUAGUUAAAAAGACUAUCAAUGAGAUAAUAUUAUGGCCUAUGCUUAGACCAGAUUUAUUUACAGGACUUAGAGGACCUCUUAAAGGGAUGUUACUUUUUGGUCCACCUGGAACAGGUAAAACAAUGAUAGGUAAAUGUAUUGCAUCACAAGCUAAAGCCACAUUCUUUUCAAUAUCAGCAUCUUCACUAACUAGCAAAUGGGUAGGGGAAGGAGAAAAGAUGGUAAGAGCAUUGUUUUAUCUAGCUAGAAAAAUGAGUCCAUCAGUUAUAUUUAUAGAUGAGAUUGAUUCUUUACUGUCACAGAGACAAGAUAAUGAAAAUGAGGGAAGUCGAAGAAUUAAGACUGAAUUUUUAGUUCAGUUUGAUGGUGUUAAAGCAGAUGAUAAAAAACAAAUUCUUAUAAUUGGUGCAACAAACAGGCCACAUGAAAUUGAUGAAGCAGCAAGAAGAAGAUUAGUUAAAAGAAUUUACGUUCCUCUACCUGAUAAGAAAUCGAGAAUUCAAAUGGUUGUAAAUUUAGUUAGUGAAAUGAAGAAUCAAAUUAGUGAAACUGAUUUAGAAACAAUAGCUGAUAUCACAUUAGGAUAUUCAGGUAGUGAUAUUUUUAAUCUUUGUAGGGAGGCUGCUUAUGAACCACUUAGGGAAAUUGAUGACAUUUCUAAGUUUAAUUCAUUAGAUGCAAGGCCUAUUUUACUUAAAGAUUUUCUAAAUGCAAGUAAAUUAAUUAGGAAAAGUGUAGCAGAAGAAGAUUUAGAAUUAUUUGAUAAAUGGAAUAAGGAAUUUGGUUCGGUUAAUUAA